UAACCUAGCAAACUAGCUCCAGUAGCACUGGUAGCAACUUGAAAAGAGCCUUGUCAAAAUUAGCUGCAGUACAAUACAGUUUAAUGUCCACGGGGCGUUUAGAGGGCCGUGCAAAGCUUUUUCUCCAAAAGCAGACCUUUGGACUUUAAAACUGGGGUGUCCAUCUCUUUUGAGUAUACCCUGCUAGCACUGGCUUCCAUCCUGUGACUCACUGGUCACCAGAGGGGCCCCGUCAGAGCAAGGGCCCAACUGUAGCUCUAGGUCCCCUCUGUCUGUCUGUGUGAGAGCUUGUAUUGCAUCUUCUGGAGACUCCCGGCUCAUCCAGCUAAGAUGUCCUCCAUCUUGCCAUUCACCCCUCCUGUGGUGAAGAGGUUGUUGGGUUGGAAGAAGUCGACAAACGGCCCAGGCGGAGCGGGCGGUGGAGAGCAGAACGGGCAAGAGGAGAAAUGGUGUGAGAAGGCUGUGAAGAGCUUAGUGAAGAAGCUAAAGAAAACAGGCCAGCUAGAUGAGCUGGAGAAAGCUAUCACCACACAGAACUGCAACACCAAGUGUGUCACCAUCCCCAGCAAUUGCUCUGAAAUAUGGGGACUGAGUACACCAAAUACGAUAGAACAGUGGGAUACAUCAGGCCUAUACAGCUACCCUGACCAAACCAGAUCACUGGACGGCCGUCUGCAGGUCUCCCACAGGAAGGGGCUUCCCCAUGUUAUCUACUGCCGCUUGUGGCGAUGGCCAGACCUUCACAGCCACCACGAGCUACGUGCCAUUGAGGCGUGUGAGUAUGCCUUCCACCUAAAGAAGGAUGAGGUCUGCAUCAACCCCUACCACUACCAGAGGGUGGAGACCCCAGUGCUGCCUCCUGUUCUUGUGCCAAGACACUCAGAUAUCCUGCCAGAGCUGCCACCUCUGGAUGACUACACUCAUUCCAUACCGGAGAACACGAACUUUCCUGCAGGAAUCGAACCUCCAAACAACUAUAUACCAGAAACACCUCCACCAGGCUACAUCAGUGAGGACGGGGAGGCCAGCGAUCAACAGUUGAAUCACAGUAUGGACACAGGUUCUCCAGCUGAGCUCUCCCCCAGCACUCUGUCUCCUGUCAAUCACAGCAUGGACCUGCAGCCGGUGACUUACUCGGAGCCAGCCUUCUGGUGCUCUAUAGCCUACUACGAGCUGAACCAGCGAGUAGGGGAGACGUUCCACGCUUCUCAGCCCUCGCUGACAGUGGAUGGAUUCACAGAUCCAUCAAACUCUGAGCGUUUCUGCCUAGGCCUGCUGUCUAAUGUCAACAGGAACGCCACUGUGGAGAUGACCCGGAGGCACAUAGGAAGAGGAGUUAGACUCUACUACAUUGGAGGGGAGGUAUUUGCCGAGUGCCUGAGUGAUAGCGCCAUCUUUGUCCAGAGUCCAAACUGUAACCAGCGGUAUGGCUGGCAUCCAGCAACCGUGUGUAAAAUUCCUCCAGGUUGUAAUCUAAAGAUCUUCAACAACCAGGAAUUUGCAGCCCUGCUGGCUCAGUCAGUCAACCAGGGCUUUGAGGCAGUCUACCAGCUCACCAGGAUGUGCACCAUCCGCAUGAGCUUUGUCAAAGGCUGGGGAGCCGAGUACAGGCGGCAGACUGUCACAAGCACUCCUUGCUGGAUCGAGUUGCAUUUGAAUGGUCCAUUGCAGUGGCUGGACAAGGUUCUGACCCAGAUGGGUUCCCCAUCUGCACGCUGCUCCAGUAUGUCGUAGACAGCUAUUGAAACGCCCCCAAAAAACACAGUCCAUUACAUGAUCAUUAAAUUCUAAACUUGUGAGUCCUUUCAUGAAAAAAAAAAUGGAAACCCCACAGAAUUAAUUUUCUGUAAGAUUCUUCAUAGUAUUUGUGGCCCAGUUCCACAUCCCUCUUAACUUUACACACAAAUACACACACAAGAACAAAUGCAGCUACACUGUCACACGCGCACACACACAUACAGACUUUUCAGUAAAAAAAAUUGGCACUUUGUUACCCAUCUAUGUCAUGCACCUUGUUAAAUUGCUUUUCCCCAAAUCCUUAAUAUUAGAUCUAUUUGUGGUACAAAUAAAAUGUAUAUUGGUUUUUAGUCCAGGAAGUAGGGGAAAUACCAAAAAUAUCUGUGAAUAGUUUCUCAGUAUUGAAGAUUGCUUGUAUGAGUGACACGAGCUUGAAUGCUAAAAUGAUUUUUGUUCCAGCCCACCCCAACCAUUGUUCUAAACCUAAGUUUACUUUUCUCUGGGAAACUUGGCCCCAUCAGUUGUCAGGGGGAGGUUGCUAGGUGAAGAAACGAUGGCCUUUGUUGGCCGUUGUCCUCUGAAGGAAACGCCACAAUGUGUUUAUAAAAUUUGAUUGAAUUGACUUUGCCGUAAUGGCCCUUUUUGUAACUCUCGACGUGUGUCGUUAUAAGACAUACUUCUUAAUGGACAAAUAGGAAUGUUAGUUAAAAGAAAAUUAUUCAAAAACCCCAAACAAACUGCAAGCUUGAUCUGGCUGUAGUUUAUUUCUUUGUCAUUAUAUGGCACUCUACAUGUCCAGCCUGGUAUGAAAGCUAAUGAGGUGUUGGCCAGGCUUUUCCAAGGUGCACUGGGCAGGGACCAGAGAAUAUCAGCUGUUAUCUAAAGCUUUUUUUCCUCUUUUUGACACAACAUUGGGAGUCCUGGGGCUCUCCAAGGUGAAGCAUUAAACGUCUCACCAGGAGAAAUAGAAGGUUUUAAUGAAUCCAUUCUGUUUUUAGCCUAUAUCCCCAUUGUUUUGCUACUUUUUUGUAUUCUCAUGUAUUUUUAUAUAUAAAUAUACUUAAAAUCUUCUGUCGUUCACUUUUUAUUAAAGUAAUAUUUUCAAGACCACAGCUGUUUCUAAAGUGACAUGAGGGGCAUGAAUCAUUCCUUCAUUUUACCCAAAAGGUUCUGUUUGAAUUCAUCUCCAAUUGCAGCUCUUUGUCUUGUCAAAAAAAAAAAAAAGUCACUGCCCCACAUGAUGUGUAGCCUGUUUCUAUCCUUUGUUUUUCCAAAGAAAUCUGGUGCAUUUAAAGUACACAAAACAACAACAAACCCAAAACCUACUUUCUUGUAAUGCUUUUAAUGAUUCCAGAGGCAUGUAAAACUUUGUAAUGGCCAUUCAUUCAUUCAUUUCUUCACUUUUAUUUCUUUUUUUGUUUGUUUUUUGAAAACACACGUGACCUCUAGUAGCCUUUUGGUGCUUAAUCAAGCGGGUUAAGGUCAACCAGAUACAAUUGGCUUUUAAAAUGUUACAGAAACAUGGGAGAAAAGAAGCGCGAAUGUGCCUGCACACUGGGACAUUCUGUGUUUAUGUGUGUGUGUUGUAUUUGUUCUGUCUAUAAAAUACAGUAUGUACAACAAGACGUAUUAGCUUAAACUCUGCCAUUAUUGUCAUUACGUGGCUGUUGCGAAUUUAACACGUUUUCCCUCCCUUCUAUUUGAUGUAAAUGUGUUUACCUUAUGGCACUAGUGAUUGUACUUUAAGUGCACCUAGUGAAGUUUGGAUUUGGGGAACUGAACCAUGUGUUAGGGUCCAGUGUUACAUUGUUUUUAUCUUUGGCCUACAACAUAUGAAUGUGAAAAAAUACAUUACAAAAACUGACGUGGACCAGACGUACAUAAACAUAACAGUAGUACAGUAUGUGUGUAUUUAACAGUAAUCUUUUUGCAAAGCAGUCAGUACAGUAGAUGUCGCAGUUGUUUUACCAGUAGAGGGCGAUAUUGAUAGAGCAGUUCUUUUUUUUUUGUUUGUUUGUUUUUUUUUUGUUUGUUUUUUUCUUUUCUUUUCUGGCCAUAAGCUUCUCAGGCGUGUGGCAUAUUAUGCAGACUUCAUAAAACACUAAUAAAGAUUUUUAUUCUCAUGA